GGGGAUUUUGGUAGCGUAGCCAACACAGCGACCGGCGCUCUGGAGGAGUUUGACGUGGCACUCCGCUUUCACUGAGAGCUACAGACGGAGAAGAGGACUCUACCCUAAUAUUCAGGUCGUCAAAACCCUUUCACCUUGGCAUGAGAAGACAGUGACAGUCAUCAACAAUGAGUCAACAGGGUUAUGUUGCCGCGCCUCCGUACUCCCAGGCCCAGCCGGGGAUGGGGGGCUACCAAGGUGGAUUUGGACCCGGUCCGGCGCAGCCCCUCUACGGGCACUACGGGGGGCCGCCCCAGGCAUUCAAUGCUCCACCAGCUGGUAUGAUGAAAUCGCCGGUUUCUUCGGCUGCUGGCAUGCCGCCGCCUCCAGCGUCCAGUCAGUACAAUCCAAAUGUCCAGCAGAAUGGUGCUCACCCACAAAGGUACCCUGCGCCGCCCGCUGCGACGGCUACUUACGGGCAGCCUCCAAACAUGCCGUACAACAGCAUGGCGUCACCUGGCCCGCCUCCAGCACAGCAGCUCACCAAUCAGAUGAGCCAAAUGAACCUGGGCAGCUAUGCCCCAGGUCCCAUGCAGAGCCCUCCUCCUCCAACAAACUCCGUGGCUCAGCAGCCUUUUCAGACAUCACCUCCACCAGCGAUGGGUCAGCCACAGAUGCCUCCGGGCCCGCUGUCGCCCCACAUGUCCCCCCAGAUGUCUCCGACAAUGUCACCCCCAGCGUCCAUGCCAAUGGGAGGCCAGGCAAUGGCGGGCCCACCGAUGGCAGGCAUGGGAAGACCCUUCCAGGGUCCGCCUCCUCCAGGCCCUGGAGGCUUUCAGCAGCAGCCUGGUCCUGGACCUGCAGGUGCACCGGGAUACCCGCAGCAAGCAGGUCAGUUCGGGGGACUCAUGUCUGGGCCCCAGCCAGGUAUGCCAGGGGGCUUCCCUGGAGCGCCAGGCGGACUGGCUGGCCCACCACAGAAGAAACUGGACCCGGACUCUAUCCCCAGCAUAACUCAGGUCAUAGAAGAUGACCGAGUGAAACAAGGGGCGCAGGUCUUCAGCACAAACGUCAGGGGACAGGUUCCACCUCUGGUCACCACUGACUUCACAGUACAGGACCAAGGAAACGCCAGUCCCAGGUUCAUACGCUGCACCACCUACUCAUUACCCUGCUCCACUGAUCUGGCCAAACAGUGUCAAGUGCCCCUGGCUUCCAUCAUUAAACCCUUUGCCAGUUUGCCAAAGAAUGAGACUCCUCUGUACGUGGUGAACCACGGCGAGACGGGUCCAAUCCGCUGCAAUCGCUGCAAGGCCUACAUGUGCCCCUACAUGCAGUUUAUUGAUGGAGGCCGCCGCUACCAGUGUGGAUUCUGCAACUGUGUCAACGAAGUGCCGGUCUUCUACUUCCAACAUCUUGACCACAUGGGCCGGAGAGUGGACUUCUACGAGAGGCCCGAACUGUCUCUGGGAUCCUACGAGUUUGUGGCCACUCUGGACUACUGCAAGAACAACAAGGUCCCGAACCCCCCUGCCUACAUCUUCAUGAUUGACGUGUCCUACAACAACAUCAAAAGUGGCCUGGUCAAACUGAUAUGUGACGAGCUGAAGACUCUGCUGGAGAAGCUACCCAGAGAGGAAGGCGUGGAGAGCUCGGCGGUAAAGGUCGGCUUCGUCACCUACAACAAGGUCCUGCACUUCUACAACGUGAAGAGCGCCUUGGCCCAGCCGCAGAUGAUGGUGGUGUCAGACACGGCCGAGAUGUUCGUCCCGCUGCUCGAUGGCUUCCUCGUCAACUACCAGGACUCAAGGGCCGUUAUCUACAACCUCCUCGACCAGAUCCCCGACAUGUUUGCAGACACCAACGAGAGUGAAACGGUCUUUGCCCCCGUCAUCCAAGCCGGCAUGGAGGCAUUCAAGGCAGCAGAAUGCAGCGGAAAGCUCUUCAUCUUCCACUCGUCCAUGCCCACGGCCGAGGCCCCCGGGAAGCUGAAGAACAGAGAUGACAAAAAGCUGGUCAACACGGAGAAAGAGAAAAUGCUGUUCCAGCCUCAGAAAGGUGUGUAUGAGCAGCUGUCCAAAGAGUGUGUGGCGCAGGGCUGCUGCGUGGAUCUCUUCCUUUUCCCCAGCCAGUACGUGGACCUGGCCACCAUGGCCGACGUGCCCUCGCACACUGGAGGCUCCGUCUACAAGUACAACAACUUCCAGAUGGAGACGGACGGGGAGCAUUUCCUGAGAGAUCUGAGGAAAGACGUGCAGAAGAGCAUCGGAUUUGACGCCAUCAUGCGCGUUCGUACCAGUACAGGUUUCAGGGCCACAGACUUCUUCGGCAGCAUCCACAUGAACAACACCACGGACAUAGAGAUGGCGGCCGUGGACUGCAACAAGGCUGUGACGGUGGAGUUCAAGCACGACGACACCCUCAGCGAGGAGACGGGGGCUUUCAUGCAGUGCGCCUUGCUGUACACCACCAUCGGCGGGCAGCGACGCCUCCGCAUUCACAACCUCAGCCUGAACUGCAGCUCCCAGCUGUCCGAGUUAUACAAGAGCUGCGAGACGGACUCGCUCAUCAACUUCUUUGCCAAAUCAGCUUACCGUGCCAUACUGAACCAGCCUCUGAAGAAUGUGAGGGAGAUCUUGGUCAACCAGACGGCUCACAUGCUGGCCUGCUACAGGAAGAACUGCGCCAGCCCCUCCGCCGCCAGCCAGCUGAUCCUGCCCGACGCCAUGAAAGUGUUCCCGGUCUACAUGAACAGCCUGAUGAAAACCGCACCCCUGGUGGGCAGCACGGAGCUCUCCACAGACGACAGGGCCCACCAGAGGCUGUCGGUCAUGGCCAUGGGGGUGGAGGACACGCAGCUGCUGCUCUACCCACGCCUCAUCCCACUGCACAACAUGGACGUUAGCAGCGAGGCGGUGCCCACACCCGUGCGCUGCUCCGAGGAGCGUCUUGUAGACUCCGGCAUGUUCCUGCUGGAGAACGGCCACUCCCUGUUUCUGUGGCUGGGCCAGGCGAGCCCGCCCGACCUCGUCCAGAGCAUCUUCAACCUGCCCUCCCUCGCCCACCUGCAAGGACACAUGUGUGCGCUCCCAGAGCUGGACAACCCGUUGUCAAGGAAGGUCAGAUCCAUCAUCGACGGCCUUGUGGAAAAGAGGCCAAACUCUAUGAAGCUCCAAAUUGUGAGGCAGAAAGACAAACCAGAGAUGUUGUUCCGUCAGUUCCUGGUGGAGGAUAAAGGCCUGCACGGCGGAGCCUCCUACAUGGACUUCCUUUGCUAUGUUCACCGAGAGAUCAGGCAGCUGCUCACUUAACCCCGCCCCCACCGUACUUGCCCUCCCCUUUUCCAACUGACCUGGGAGAAAUCUAAAGGGACCACACACGAAUCUCGCCGGGUCAGUCUCAGUGGGUUCCGUUUGAAUCCUUUAGGGCGAUCCGCAGCAAGUGUUUUUACUAAGACAGAGGGAGGAAGAAGGAACCAAGGAGAGCCUCUUGAGAUUCAACCUCCAGACUCCAAAGCUGCCUUUGUCAUCGUUUAGUAUCCAACACAGUAUGAUCUUCAAAUAGCAACUUGUCACUUUAGGGACCUCUUCAUUCCAGAGGAGAGAAAUGUACAAAACAUGGAGAAUUUCCCGCUUAUAUACUUUGUGAGAUGGACUGACCGGAAUAACAUCAGCGCCAGGGGCUGAAAUGCAUCUUGGCACGAGGCCCAUUGGCAUAAGCAAUACAAUAUCCACCGUGUAUUCGACUGGUUGAAGUAUUUUUCAUUUCACUCUGUAGAUUGUCUGGAUCCGACAAGGGGUUAUUUGUUGGCCAUACUGUAAAUAACCAAGUCUUGUUACCCACUCAAGAGUCUUAAAUGAUUUGAAGUUUUUUUUUUUGUUAACAAUAAAUGCGCAAUUUUAUCAGGGUUUUGCCGUCUGACUGGAAAAUACAUAUCAGGAAAUGUUUAAACGAUAAAUCCACACUACUUGUCAAAUCAUAUUUCAACAGAAACAAAAGCCAUCGGCUGUUAUUACAACAUAAGUGAUCCAAAGUAUUCAGUUCACACAUGCCCCCACCAAAAAUCUCAUUCUUUGACCAUUUAUGGCCGAGAUUUGAUCUUCGCAAUGGGCAGUGAUGCGGAAAAGCUUUUGUUAUGGUGUUCCGAGUACACAAUGAAACGAACACAGCUGUCGCUCUACGUAAAUGCCAACGCAUGCGUCCUGAUGAAAAAUCACACUUUUAGUUCCCCCUGGUCCCUGAAUAAAAAGAAUAUUUAAUAAGGAGGGGCAUGAAGGAGGCAUUAAAAACGUUUAAAGUUCAUGAAAUCUUGUCUACAGUGAUAAUAUUUAACAUUUCAGUACCGUACCGUCUCAUUUGUUUUUAUUGUAAUUGUUUCAGUGUAAUUCAUAGUCAUUUGGAGAAACGUCGUCUUAUCUUGUGUAUGUGCAGCCUACGACAAGUUUUUACAUGAAUGGUGCGACUUGUUUUCAAAGAUAUUACCACCUGCCUUAAGUUGAUGUAAUAGUUGUUUGAAAUAUACACAUGUCCUGGAGAUAUAUUACUUCUGUUUGGUCUGUAUGCAAACUUAUCUCAGGUAAUUUCCGAACCUUAAGAUGAAAACAGUGAUUUGAAUCCAACUGGAAAGAUGUUGCCUGUUGCCAUUUCAUCCCUAAACAGCAUUUUGUCUAAUUAAAGUCUAUACUUUAA